AAGUUUGCGACAAUUGAAUGAAUGAAUGCAUGAAUUGAAUUAAAUUUAAUAAAUCAAUGAAUAAUUUAAUUACUUUUAAAUAAUAAAAUAUGAGUUUAUUUGACGACAAUAGCGACGACUCGGUCCUCGAGUUACCACUGUUUUCGAGAAUCAAAGACAAAACAUCUCACGAGUCGUCGCCGAAAUUGACGCCGAAAUUAACGCCAAAACUGACCAAAGAGUUAACAGAAGAAGUGGACACCAAUGGAAACGAUCCGUUCGGCGAUAGUCUCGAUGCCAUUGGUUUCAUAGCUAUUCAGCCAACGGUUGUACAGCAGAUCAACGAUAAGUCUAACGAAACGUUUACAUUGGACUCGGAUGACGAUGAAGAUCACUUGAUGGUCAACAACGACAACAAAAGUGACAAAUCAAACGAUUCAAUUGAAAUCGUUUUCUGUUCGCCCGUUGAUAACAACAAAAACAAUGACAAUAACAACAAAGACAUCGAUGACAAUAAUACCAAUGAUAUCGCCGAAGAUGACGUUAAUAACGACGCUUUGAUUGUUGGCGAUCUAUCGUUUAAGACGUUUGAUGGCAAUCAGUCGAUGCGAUCGUUAGGCAGCGAUUGGACACCAAUUAAGCCUUCGUUUAUCAACAGAACUCCUUUGUGUUCAAAAAAGACUCAAAAUAUGAUCAGAAAUUCACUGAAGAAGAGUAUAGAUAUUUUGAAUAAAAAGAAAACGAAAAAGACUAGCGAAGAGUUGUUGAAUGAUAGACAAGAAAGAGAAAGACUUAGGAUAUUAAAUAAAGAGAAGAAAGAGUUGAUGAAAGUGGCGGACAGGGCUCACAAAGAGGUGCUUAAGAGUAAAGGAGUUAAAGAGUCGCAUAAAUAUUGUUUUUCAAUAAUUGAUACCAAAUUAUAUGAUUUGACUAAAGAUGUGUUAAUUGAAUUGUUUGCCACAAAUGAGUGUAACUAUCGUACAACUGAUACACCAGUAGUGCCAAUGAGUGUUACGUGGAUUAGGAAGCGUCUGAAUAUUGUUGAACAACAACAACACCAAAGUAGUAGUCAAUUAUCACAAGUAAGUGUCACCGAUCGUGAAGUACAAGAAAAUCAUAUAAUGGUUGUCAUCGAUGGCAACGAUUUUAUACAAUGGGUUCAUUCAUUUGUAUCGAAAACUGGUGAAACACUUUACAAUUUUGUUGAACAACUAAUCAAAAAGACUGAUAUAACAAACGUAACACUUGUUGUACUAAAAUUAGAGCAAUAUUUCCGAAAACAGAAAAAUAAGGCCCAAAAUCAGUUCAGACGACGACUUAAUGAAUUGAAUGCCACUGAAGAAACUGGUGGUCAUCAGAGCAGUAGACGACAAGUUAGACGAAGAGAUUCGUUGCCAGAGAUUACUAGAGAAGACCUCGAUUUGGCCAUCAUUGACAUGGAAUUUCAAUUAUUGCAAUUGGAUUCACAGUAUAAAGUAUGUGUCAUUAAGGCUAACGAUGUCGCCGAAGUGGCCACUUAUGUUUACCGAUAUACACGUUCGGUGGCCGAGUCGGUGGCACGAAAACAGAAAAACCUCGACAACGAUAUCGGUUGGUUCGCUGAGGCCGACAAAAGAGGAACUAUCGACCCAAUAGAUAGACAAUCGCACGAAAAACUAUGGAAACGACAGUUAAUGCAAUUUCCAAGAGUUAGCUACGAUGUGGCCAACGCUAUUGCCGUUCAAUAUCCGACUCCUCAAUCAUUGUUGAAAGCUUACGGCCGACAGUCAAAUCCGCAGCUAUUGUUGGCCGAUGUGGUCAUUGCCAGACAGCGACCGAACGGUGCAAAUACCGAACGUAAAGUUGGUCGCGAACUAUCGGUACGUAUUCACGCAUUUAUGACUUCACGCGAUUGUCAUAAAAUGUUGGAUAGUUUAUAAUUUAAAUGACGAAAUGAUAAUAAUGUAAAUAAUUAGAUACAAAUAUUUUUUUAAAUGU